AUGGGUGAUUUGAACGCAAGAACCGAAGCAUUGCUCGUGAACGCCCUAUUAGAGCCGCUAGAGCGAGCGCAGUCGACCUCGUCGACUAUUAGGAGCGGUUCUUCUGACGGCGAUGAAAUAAUUAAACUGGUACUUUGAUUUUCUAAAAUCCCACAGUAGUUAUGAUAUCUAAUUGCUUUAAAGCCUGACUUUGAUUUCCUUUUCCAGUGUCCUGUUGUAAAAGGUGGGCAUUGGCUCCGCUUCGAGUGGUGCAAUAUGCACACAAAUAUAGUCAACGUCGUUGUGGACAUAGUCAGGUUUGAAUAUCAAGUUUUUUUGUUUGAUUCAAUUGCGGGUUUCAGAAGAAUGAAAGAUCAACUCGAAAAUUUGAACACAGUUAUGAAGAAUGAUGUGGAAAAAGUCGACCGCAAAGAUUUCGCUUCUCUGAACGCGUUCACGAGCAAGUACAACAAAGCAGCUUCUGCAGUUCGGAAACUGGUAUUUUUUUUAUUCAUAGGAGAAUCUUCAUACAUUCACAUCCAAUUUUUUAAUUUUCCUCCUCCCUCUCGUUCUGAAAAGUCGGUCGGUUCGGACGCUUUUGUGUGAUGCUAUUUUUUAAAGUUUUCAAAUCUUGAAAAGAUUUUGGGCUUUAUUCGGGUGUUAAAGAUUUCAAAGCGCGUAUUUUUUCAUAGUAUGACCAGUUCAGACGUCAUUUUUCAUAAAAUCCGGUCAUUAGAUUCUCGAAAAUUCACUUUUUCUCUGGAUUUUUCCUUUUUCGCCAGAAAUUCUCUCAAAUUUUAAUGAACGCUUGACAUAUUUCUAUUUAGGGUCAAAUUGAAAUGUUCGACAUAACGUUUAUGGAAAAAAAAAACAUAAAAUCACUAUCUUGGACCGCCAAUAUUUGGUUUUUUGGAACUUAAAAACUAUAAACUAUCCACAAUCGAGAAUUCUAUUCAUUUUGAGCGCCUAAAGAAUUUAGAACUAAAAAAACUUCAAAAUCUUCGGGAAGUGCCUUUUUUUAAGGGAUCGUUUUUCUAUUAAAAGAGCUAUUCAGUCAUCGAAAAUUUCUGAGUUUCAAAUACCGAAAAUUUUGUUCAGAACGCCGGUUCCGUUCAUCACGAAUUGGGCGACUGGCGUCUUUCGUACUGCACUCCACAAAUCGCCCAAAUCAUCGGAGGAUACGCAUUUGACUGGUCAGUUAUUCCCAUCACAAGUAAGGUCAUUUUAUUCUGCGGCUUGGAAUUUUCUAGAAAUUCGCUCAAACACUCCCUGAAUGUCUAGAUGAGUAUCCCUCAUAGUCGCUACCUGCGAAACUUUUAGUUUUUGAGAUAUGAUUUUGCAUAGUUGCGAAAUAUAUGUUUUAUGCCGUGUUCAAAGUAAUUUCCGCGAAAUGAAAAAUACCCGUUAGAGAAAGGAAAAGAUCACUAAAUUUUGGAGAGUCAGAGAUCAUUUUGCAUUUCGCGGAAAUUACUUUGAACACGGCAUUAUGGCGAACUUUUCGAAUUUCAAAGUUAAUUAUCUCAAAAACUAGUAGCUGGGGCGGGCUGCAACUUUGAUGGAUCUCCAUAGAAGCCUUCAGAGAUUGUUAGAGCAAAUUUGUAGAAAAAUCCAAGUCGUAAAGUAAAAUGACCUUUCGUGUCAGCCAUCAGAUAGUUCGUUGGAGGCUUUUUUUUAGCAAACGGAAAAAAAAAAUAAUUUCAAAUUAGAAAAAAUAAUCACACGUGAGCCGCUACUUCACCAUAAAAAGAGUUGAAGAUAGGAAAAGUUCCUAAGUUAGUCAGAAAAGAAUGUCUCGAAUUUGACGAUGCAUGUUUCGUUUAUUAUCUCACUAAUUGUCAAUAGUUAAGAAGUUUUUUCGAGUAGGACCAUUAAAUAGAGGAUUUUCAGUGCUGUGAAACAGGCCCGUGCGCUGAACAACCACUACGAACCUUUUAGCAGCGAGGUUUGUUUUAUCAGGAUUUCCGGGCUAUUCAGCAAAGCUUUGAGAAACUUAUUCAGAUUUUCUUUUCUAUUAACUAAGCUUUGAGUUUUGAUAUUGAAAUUUCACUGGGAUGUCUAGAAUUUCUCUCUAAAGAAUGAAUAGUUACGUUUAAUGAGUAAAGAGCAGAGCCGGGAGCUAGAAUCACAUGAGCAAUAAUAUAUAUCCGCCUCAGAAAAAUUGAAAAGUCAUAAAAAUUGUCGAAAUUUUUGGAGUCAAUCUCAUAACUUAACUAUUUUUCUCGACCUUCUUUUUUUGUGCUUCUCCACGACCUUCCUCUGAAUGAAAUAGAGAACUUUUCGCGAAAUAUUUCUCUCUAUUUUCAACUCUCUAUGUUCCACCAGGUCUACGGAGAAACGAGUUUGGAGCAAAUGAGCCUCAUCGUGGAGCAGCUCAAGCUCGGCCCGGAUGACGUCUUUGUGGACUUGGGCAGCGGAGUGGGGAACCUCGUCACGUUUGUAGCGGCCAUGGCCAACGUUUGAUUCUUCUCAGAUUCGAAAACAAAAAAGCUGAAUUAAAGGUCAAAAAGUCGGUGGGAAUCGAGAUCGCUCUGCUGCCUUCCACUCUGGCUGUUCAGCUCCAAGGCUACUUCGAACAGUGAGUUACAUUAACAACGGUUUUGAUUUAAUCAAGUUAGAAUGAGCAGCCGAACGAUAGAAGUAAAGCAAUGACAAUAAUUAUAUGGGCUUUCAUGGGCAGAAAUUCGUUUAAAUUUAGGUUUGGACAAACUAACAGCAUUUUUUUUUUGCAACAAGAAAAUAUAUUCCAGUUGGUAGUUUAUAACAUUACAGAGAUGGUAUCAAAAAAGUAAGUUGUUGUUAAAAUCUUGCAAAUUUUAAUCAAGUCUCAGAAAUUCAAUAAAGAAAGAUGUUUUUUUUUCUUUUAAAGGUUCAUGGCGCAUUUUGGGAAAUCUUACUCGCCUUUCGAGUUACACAAAGGCGACUUCCUUGACGAGAAGUUCAACGAUUUGCUGACCAAGGUUCGCUUUUUUGUAUCCGAAAGCCUUCAGUUCCAUUCGAGCAGGAAGCGACGGUCAUUUUCAUCAAUAACUACGCUUUUGUCCCUCAACUCGAGUCGAAAAUCAAGACCAACGUUAUUAUGGAACUCGCCGACGGCGUCAGGAUUGUCUCUACCAAAAAGUUCGUUUUCUUGACCUUCCCAUCUGAAUCGAACAUUUUGAAAGCUUUGGAAAGAAGAUUUUCUAAUGAGAUAGAAGGAGAAAGAGAAUGCGUUAUACGGAGAUUCCUUCUGGAAUAAAACUUGAACUCGACAUUAUUCUCCAUAUUUCUUCAGUUCAAAAGUCUUACCCAGCAAAUUCAAUGUAUUUAAUGAGCAUUUAUCAUUUAUAACUUCCUUUUUCAUCCAUUAGUACAUUCAGUAUUUUUCAGAUACGCUACCGGCUCGAAGGAAAUAAAUCAGCGGAUGAUGACGGGUACGUUUUUGCAUACAUGAAUCCUUCUCGGAGUAGUGCGUUUGACAGCCGUAGCAACUUAUGAGUAUAAUAACUUACCUAAAAAGAUCUUCCAUAUCACAAAAACGAAGAAUAACUUGCAUGGAGGUGUUUUAUAGACCGAGCAGCCGUCAAGGCGUUUCGACCUACUAUGGCAGGCACGUUUUGUGUUUCCACUCACAAAAUCAGUAGAAAUUCGCUUGUGUAUCGUGCUGCAUUUCUCAUUAGUCGAUUCCUUCCAGAAAUCGAGACAUAUCGAAUUUUUUUUUGAUGAGUUUUGAAGUGCAGAGCGAGUUGCUUGUAGAGAGGUAGUGAAUAAUAAAAUGAUGUAAACUCCUUUGAAUGAGCUCGGAAAAUAUUUUCAUUCGUAGACGUGGAGGCCAUGUUGGACGUGGAGAAUCUGAACACUGUCGACGCUCCUGCUUCCUGGACCCCCCGGAACGUCCCUUAUUUCCUGCACACAGUCAAUCGUGGCAAGGUGGGCUUUUCCUUUGACGUUCACGCUUUUUUUUUCCAUUUUCAGAUCGAAAAGUAUUUCGAAAAAAUGCGUGGGAACGGCACCGAAUCGGGUACGCGUCGACGUGGAAAGGACAGCAAAUCUUCGUCUUCGAGCAGCCGGGAAGGAAGCCAUUUGGUGGGUUGGGCAUUUAGAUGAGCAUCGAAAAGUAGGCUUUGUUCCUUGAAAAUAAGAAGAUGGAAAUUAUUUAUGUUAUUAAGUGGUCAAAAAAGUUCUCGAAGCGGUUUUUGAUGCUCUCACUUCAAACAGAUUUUUUUUAAACAAAACUUCUGGGCUGGCUCUGUAAAGAUAGAUUAGUAGAUUCUUUAGUUUUUUGUUCUAACUCUGUUAUAAACGAUUGUUUUGACCUGAAAUUUCAAUGGCUUUUCCAAAAAGGACAAAAAAAGAUUCUAGUUCAAAUUCUCGAUAACAUCAGUUUACUUAUUUAGUUAAAAUUUCAGGGCAAAAUGGUUGUUUUUGACAAAGUUACGGACGGAAAACCAAAAAAUGUACUGUACGUCAUUUUGAAGCGCGUAGCAUUUUUAGUUUUAACACAGUAACGUCUCCCAAACAGCUUCAAAACUUGGAACAGUCAUUUUUGAGUUAUGUUUAUGCUGAACGGUUACAAAAAUUCCUGAUAGCUGCACAGUGGCGAAAAAGAAGCUUGUCAUCUCUGAUUGGGAGGAUAUAUAGAAAAUGGUCGUGCCUAGAGGACUUUUAAAGCAAAAGCUCAAUUAUGUGUUCCUCACAAAUCUAAAGAAAGUCGUGACUCUAUUUUCUCAACAAAAUUGAUCGUUCAAGGAAUUCAGAAUGCGCAGACGGCGCAGUCAGAUGGAAAGGCCGAAGCGAAAGAAGACGUCGCCGGCGAACAUCCGUAAGUCGUGUCUGUUUUCCGAAGAUAGUCUACUUGAUGAUAGGUUCGGGCCAACUACUCGCAACAAGUGGAAAGCCUACGUUUCUUCCAUGGAUGAAAAGAAACCGAAGAGUGUACGCUUUUUGCAACUGAAAAAUCGAUCGAUAAGGUUUUUCAGUCGACAGGAUCUCCGCGAUCGGAAGAGCCGGACCGUGAUUUCUAUCCCCUCGAAAAAAAGGCUCGCAAGCAGGCCGAGAAGAAGGAGAAGCAAAGGCGCUCCAACGCGACAACACCUCGCCUUCAUAAGGUUCUUAUUUGCUUUGAGAAUAUCGUAAUUUCGUUUCGUCAUGGCAAACUGAAAACUUAAGGCCAAUAUAGGAUAAUCAAGGCCAAAAAUUGAUCUCUAUCAAAUGUCCUAUAAUGAAAUGAAGUUUGGAUUUGCGCGUGAAGACCUUUGAGUUCAGAGGAAGGUUUCGUCUGAAUCGCCGAGCCGCAAUUCGGGAGGCGAUGCUCUGGCUCGGAAAUCAGUCGAGUCGACGAGCAGAUCUGACGCGGUCCUCGGCUCAGAAGACCGCUGCUCCCCCAGAAAGAACCUGCACAUUUCGCCGGAAACCAUGUCGACGAUCGACGUCAUGCAUGAAAUGAUAGUCUCGCCCCCACGACAUUCCACCAGCGACGACAUCGCGUCCGGCCAAUUUGUUAGUUUCUUUUCUGGAGUUACUUUGGUCUAGCAAAGGUUUUCCAAAUUUUUUUUUCGUUUCGUCACUAGUCGAUGUGCAUCCUCAAAAGAUAGAAAUUCGAAGACUGGGAUUUUUUAUUUUUGCAUUCAUGUCAUCAAACUAGCACACUUCAAUAUUCAAUGCCCUACUGAGGAAAUCGUUAGUGGCGCCUUUAGGGUUUUAACUUUUCUUUUUGACCACGUUAGUAUACGAAUUAGUAGCCACCGAAGGGGAAGCUACUACAAGGCCACUCAGUAGCAAAAUAAUGGCUUCUAUAAACGUAGUUUUUGUGGCCACCUUAGUGCCCUCUCCAAAUAAUCCUUGAGGAACCUCUUAAGUAACUACCAAAGUUUUUCUCAGUAUAUUGAUCGAAAAAGGCUACAAUUUUGAGAUUCGGGUGGGAAUCGAUGGUGUACCAAUUCAUCCGCCAAAAGAGAACCCGAUGAAUCGACCAACGUUCAUGAUUCCGCCGACAGACCCGCUGUAUGAUUGCAUCGGUUGGUAAUUUAUCAUAACUCAAAAAAAUGAAAUAAAAAAUGCAGUCGGCCUUUACCUCGGCUUGAAGGAACAAGGAAUCAAGGCGAAAGAGGCCAGCGAAGAAUACAAAGCGGAGCUGCGCAAGGACAUCGAACGCGAACAGGUGCCGCUUUUUUGUAAUUAAAACUUUUGAGUUUCUCGAAAAACGAGUGACUUUUUGAGCGUAAAGUUUGACGGGAAGGAUAUUCAGGCUCGCCGUGCUGAACUCCAGGAGAGCUGUCGGGAAAUCCAGGCUCAGAUCGACAUUUGUUUGCAGUCUGGAGUCUCUCACCUCAAGGAACGCCUGGCCGAGCUCGACAUGAGUGGCGUCCAGGAAGUCUCGGAGCUCCUCUAUGGGUUUUUCUUUUUCAAACUUAUUCAAAUAUUGAGUCUCAAAAAAAGUUUCCAUACUUUUUAAAAUUGAUGCAAAACGAACAUUUCCGGUUUUUUCUUCUCUCCUAUGCUCUUUUUACUGAAACGAACGCUUAGAACUGAUAUUUAAAAAAAAAUUCCAGAAGUUUUAAGUCACAGAUUCCCCAAAAUCAGCGAGGGGUGCAGUUUCUGAUUUUUUCUAAAUCAAAAAACAUUUAUCUCGGCGCGAAAAAGCGGUUGCGUUUAUUACAAUAUGUUUGCGAAGCGUUUGCGAUACGCUUUUGGAGCACAUUUGAAAUCCCCGCAUUCUUAAAUUUCACGAUAUCGAGAAAAAUGGCAAAGCUUAAAAAUGGACAGUUGUCAGACUUUCUGCGCAUGAGUUAAAGGUAUUUUUAAGUCACAAAAAGGAAAUGAAAGGCUGCUGUGGACAAUAGCAGAAGAAAAAGAACGUUGUUUCAGGUCGAAACAGAUUGUUGCACAGCACAAAGAACUCACGCAGCGCGUCUCGAAAGAAGAAGCGCUCAACGCGGUCGAAGAGGCCAAACUACGGUCGAAGGGUCCUCUCGGCGACAAACUCGUUGACAACAUCCACAGUUCGCUCAUCUCGAUCUUCUCUCUCAAAAUAUGAUUUUUCUCAGUGAUUCCCGAUUCUGAAGCGACUGGCGAUCGUUAUGGCGCUCACAUAAGCAUGAUUCUGGGCAACGAAAACCAAGUUGUUCCGCAUGUUGCCAAUUCGAGGUUUCUGCCGAUUCUGAACCUUUCUUUCUGUUUCUUUUUGUCUUCGGGAAUCUUCUCUUUCUAGCUUCGACGAGCCGAUGGAUAUAACGCCACCGCAGGGAGAAAUACUUCCUCGUCGGAAUCGUCCGCGACAACGGCCGGGAGCCACCGGAAAACGCAGCGGUCGUUCCGAGGAGCACAACGAGGAGGAAGAUAGACAGAUACGGAUCUUCGUCCAGCAGGCUAGUUUUUAUCGUACCUAUUGGGAAGAAGGAGUAAGAAUAAAGGCGGAACCCUGAUCUGUGAACGUUUCGAUUCUCAGGCAGCAGGGAGCCUUUAAAUAGCGAGAACAAUACUUCAGUUAUCAUUAAAAGACCCACAACGAGAGUUGUCCGUCAGGUUGCGCGGUUCGGGCCGGUAUGCCCCGAGCUUUGGCCCUUCUUUUUGCCCCGCCCCCAUCACUUUUCCCGUAGAAAACAUCACUUUUCCCGUAGAGAAUCCACCCUUCCUAAGGCCGGUUUUUGGGCCGAUAGGUUGACGGGCCGGCCCUUGCACAAGCCUGCUCACAACCCUCUUUGUUAAGUUUCUCAAAAGCAAAGAAGCAAAAACUUAUAAUAUCAUUGUCAAGGUUUUGAAAGAAAUUUGUGACAAUUAAUAGAACCUCAUUCCAGGCGCUGAAGGUCGAGAACAUGGCUAAAGAGAAGGAACGUCGGGCGCGCGGAAGCGGCGGCACCGGAGGAGGAUCGGCUAGCGAACGCGGCUCGACUCGUCGCUCUGUGGUCCAGGGCACUGCGGCCGCGGCGGUCGUCGUCGAUCCGUCGCUCCAUCGUUCGGGUCCCUUGCUCCCAAGCUCCGCCCUGCCUCCCAGCAACUCUUUCAACAAUUGA